CCGAUCAAAAGACCCGUGGGUGGUCCUCGGACCCCACUUUGGAAACUCUCCUGCCACAGCCUAAUGCAGAGCUCUAACUUCAUGAGAAGAGAAUCCUGUCAGACGGUGUGAGCGCGGAUCGGACUUUGACGACUCGUUAGACCGCUGCAUAGCUGGCGUAAACAGCACAGAGUGUGAAAAAAAACCCAAAGAAACCAACCACAGGUGUGUCGGAUGAAAGAACAGGUAACAGCAAGGUGACGCAAAGGGAAUGCAUAACUGUUACACCUUGCAUUCAAUCAAGGAUACGCUGUUGGAAAUGAACAAUAGACUAGGAGGCAUUUUUCCUGAAUGAGUAGUGUGAUUACACGUUCACCUGUGAUGCUCUAGAUAUUGCUCGACGAGUUUUGAGUGAGUGUUAUUGUGUCUGCUUGUUUGGACUGGCCCACAUUUUAUGUCGCUGGACUUUAAAUGCGGGCCACGAAGCGAAUUGCCCCCCCAGUGCAGCUCGGAUAAUACGCGUUUGUGAUGGAGUGGCGUCAGCAGUCCACUGUCAGCUACGACGAAGCCUACUUGGAGGCGCAGAGAUGGAUUGAGGCAGUAACCAAGAAAACAUUUGGGAGCGACGACUUCCGAUCGGCGCUGGAGAAUGGGGUUCUGUUGUGUGAUCUGAUCAACAAGAUCAAGCCUGGUAUCAUCAAGAGGGUUAACAGACUACCCACACCUAUUGCUGGACUGGACAACCUUAACGUCUUCCUCAAGGCCUGCGGGAAGCUCGGACUAAAGGAAGCACAGCUCUUUCACCCAGGAGAUCUUCAGGACUUAUCCACAAGAGUUACAGUCAAGCAUCAAGAGACCAACAGGAGGCUGAAAAAUGUACUGAUCACAAUUUACUGGCUUGGUAGAAGAGCUCAGUGUGAACGUUUCUAUGAUGGACCUUACCUGAAUUUUAAGGCAUUUGAGGGCUUAUUGGGCACAGCACUAUACAAGGCUCUGCAAGAAUCGUCCAGUCAGAAAGGCAGCAACGUCAGAGACAGCGGUUUUGGAGAUAGCUGGUACUCAGAGCGAGAGGAGCUCUUCCAUCCGAGAGAAGGAGAAGGAGGAGGACACCGGAGAGACGACUCCCUUGACAGCUUGGACUCUUUGGGCUCCCGACCUCAGAGCAUCUCAUCUGAAACCACUCUUAAAGGAAGCAGCGAGGGUUGUUGUAGUGACACUGAGGCAGACUCUGUCUACAGGAUGGCUGAGAACAAGGACAGUCUAAGUUACCGACGGUCAGUAACCAUUACACCCAAGGCCAGUUCCCAGUUUAACCAGUUCCUGCCCACUAAAGACAAAGCCUCAGGCUAUGUGCCUGCUCCACUAAGGAAGAAACGGGCCGAACGCAAUGAGGACAGCCGGCGCAGCUGGGCCAACCCCUCAUCCACAGAGGAUGAAGGCACACUCACCAGACAGCACCAAAUGCAAGAGAGUAUCGACGGGAGUAAAUCAACAAGCGAUAUCCUGGUUGACCCCACCGUCAUCCAGCAGGUUCGCUUCGAAGAGCUGCAGAAGUAUCGUGAGCGGAUAAAAUCCACUGAGGAUAAGUGGCAGGAUGACUUGAGCAAAUGGAAAAACCGGCGCAGGAGUGUCAACUCUGAUAUAGUGAAGAAGAAAGAGGAACGGGAGAAGAUAGAGGAGAUCACAUACAGCAACAGAAGGUCCAAGACCUUCAAGGAGAUGCAAGAGGAGAGAGAAAACAAAGGACAGAACAGCAUUGGGGGUCGUCUCCCAUCUCUGUCUCACCUGGACAGCGAAGACGUAUUUGAUACACCUGUAAUUACCCCACGUACCCGGACCUUUCCUGCCAGGAGCUACACUAUUGACACUCCUUACUGUUCUUCUGAACCCCUUGAGCCUUCUCCAAAAGAGGUCGACCUCCCUGCUGCCUCCCCAGCGACCGGCAAGGCCGCUUCGCCUCCCACCUCAUUGGAAGUUGACAUUGUGGACAGUCCUGCAGGCAGCGACACCACAACCACCAUCACUCCCACGAGCCGCAGCUUUUUCCACAGCUCCCUGUCUCCAGCAGCAGCAGUAGCAGCACCUUUACAGAAGAGUCCAGUCUCAGAACGCACCAGCACAGUCAAGACAGAAGAGACCACAACCACCAUCUCCUCUUCUGGCUUCCCACAAAAGGUGCCUGAGCCAAGGACCUCAUUGUUGCGCACACAGACUGAGGUGGGGGCCCCCUCCUCUGGUUCUCUGUACAAACAACAACCACAGCCCAUCUCAAUGGAACCUAAGCCUCCUGGGGUGUCUCGGGUUUCCGCCUCCCUUCCCAGGAGCUACCAGAGAUCGGAUAGCGCACGUCUAACCUCAGUUAUUGCACCAAGGCCCUUCGGAACCCAGUCGUCCCGCCUCACCUCACUCCCCCGAGCCGCUACAACCGACAACUCUCAGAAGCGUGUCAACGGCGACGCCUCUAUUUCUAAGAAGUUGUCGGUGCCGAGCCGCUAUCACCAGUUCAUGACCUCUGAGGACGAGACUCACUCUCAGUCCAGCUCAGCCCACAGCAGUGAGGAGGAGGAGGAGGAGGAGGAAGAGAAGGAGGAGGAGAAAGAAGACAAGACCACAGCAAAGAGCAUCACCUCUUCUCAGAGUGUCUCACCUGUCCCUCCUCAGAUCAAGAGUGAAGCCCCAGUCAGUGCUGCUCCAGCCAAAGAAACCAGCCAGGAGAACUACUGUGAGAUGCGGAUCAGCCUGAACCAGAAGCCCAACAGCAGCAGAGACUUUGGCUUCCAGGCGACCUGGGACUCGACAGGAGCUCGCAUCACGUCCAUCCAGCUAGGCAGCCCGGCAGAGAUGUGCCAGCUUCAGGUCGGAGAUGAGGUGUUAACGGUAAACGGGCACCAGGUGGCAGAAAUGAGCUACCCAGACUGGAAGUCCUGCAUGGAAAAGGCUCUGCAGGAGGGCAGUUUGAUUAUGGAUAUACGCCAUCAUGGCAAGAACAAGUGGGACAGAGAUCAACCUUCCCUGCCAUUUAAAAGCCAUAAGACCAUCAAUCUGACCAGUACGGAUCCGAUACUUGUAGGUUCCCCUGACAAAAACACUGUCAGCUCCAGCCUGGAUUUCACCUCACGCUCUUCCAUGGAAAAGCUGGUGUCCAAAGAGGCUCCCGCCCAUCCAGUCGUCGACGUGGCUUCAAACGGAGUUAAUGGAGGUUUCCGUGAACAGUCGGUGACGAUGAGGAACAAAGAGUCAGAACCCAUAUCUUUGAAAAACUUAAAACGGAGAUCAGAGUUUUUUGAAAAAGGUGGCUCAGGGUCCAGUGUCAGUGCGCUGGUCUACCUCUGUGGAGGAUCAGAGUCUGCAAUGCCAGAUAUACCUGUUCCUUCAAUCAUUCCUUCUUCCAGCCGCUGGUCCUGGGACCCAGAGGAGGAGCGCAAAAGACAAGAGAAAUGGCAGAAGGAGCAAGAGCGCCUCCUACAGGAGAAAUAUAAGCGCGACCAGGAGAAGUUGCAGGAGGAGUGGCUGAAGGCUCAGCAGGAGGUUGCCGAGAGUAUAAACCAAGAAGAGCCUGGGAGCCUAGAGAUGAUCAGACACAGCAUCAGCCCAUUCCCGUCCCUCUCUACCACCAACCAGCCCACCUCUCCUUCGUGGGAAGAGGAAGAGAGAAAGAAGAAGGAGGAGCAGGAGCGCCAGAAGCAGGCAGAGGAGCAGGAGCGCCAGAGGCAGGCAGAGGAGAGGAGGAAGAGGGAAGAGGAGGAGCGUGAGCUGCAGCGUCUCCAGGAGGAGAGAAAGAGGAAGGAAAGGCAGGAGGAGGAGGAGCGGAAGAUGAGGGAGGAGGAAGACCUAAGAUGGCAGAGGAGGAGAGAAGAGGAGAGGAAGGAGGCAAGCAGGCGGCAGGAAGCUGCAGAGCAACAGCGCAGAGAGCGGGAGAGAGCAUUCGAGCAGCAGCAGCCGUGGGCUGAUGGCUCCCAUGGCUUUGCCAAUGUCCAGUCAUCACUGUCCUUUACAGACAGGACAAAAUCUAAAUCAUCUCCCCAGCUUGAUGAAGAAGAAAAACCUCAGAGAAAAGGUGUGUAUGUGCAGCCGGGGGGCAUGGCUCACUGGCUGCUGGAAGAGCAGCUUAGGAGUGCGCGUGAUAAACAGGCCCAGAGUCAGCGGGCUGCAUCAGAGCUGGAGACCGAGAGGAGAAACAUCCUCAAUGCCAUGAGAUACAGAGAGCCGGAGAGAGUGACGGGCAGUGGAUUGGGUGAUAAAAGGAGUCAGCAGUCUGUGUCGCAGGCAGAGCUGGAGCGGCAACAGAUCCUGAACGAGAUGAAGAAGAAGACUCCGCUGCUGAGGGACAAAAGCUGGAUCCGUGAGCGUUCCUCCACCACCACCAUGAUCCAGGAGUCCGAUGUGCCACCCAUGCGCAGAGGUGAGUCUCUUGACAACUUGGACGCCUCCUACAACUCUUGGCGCUCAUCAUGGACACCCAGAAGUAACUCUUACAUCCCAAACUACACUCGGCCUCACUCUGCCCUCUCUGGCAGCACUUCCUUUUACGGUGGUGGGUUAGGGGGCCAGCGGCUUGGCUCUUCCAUUCUGCCUUCCUCCUCCUCCAUGGGCUCCCUCCGGGGCGGGGCAGGAACCCCCUCUUCCCCUUGGUCCCAGCAGUCGCCUUCCCCCUCACCCUCCUCUCCAUCACCCCCGUCUUCUGAGGCUGGCGCCCCCGAGCAGCGGAGCAGGUCAGUGAGUGGCAGGAAAAUCUGUACGUUCUGUGACACCACACUGGGAAAGGGAGCAGCCAUGAUCAUCGAGUCCCUUGGGCUCUGUUAUCAUUUGGGCUGUUUUAAGUGUAUCGACUGUAAGUCGGACCUGGGAGGAUCGGAAGCCGGGGCUGAAGUCAGAAUACGAAACAAGCAGCUGUACUGUAACACCUGCUACAUGCGAUUCAAAGCUGGCCAGCCAACCUCUAUGUGAUGUGACUGUACUCCAGCAGAUUGAUGAAGAGACUACUUGUGACAACAACCCAUGAGCAUUUAAGUGAAGCCAUUGCAAAUAGCUGGGACACUUGGUUUGGACAUACUUCCAUUUAUGACUAGAAAAUUUCAGUUGAAUCGCUGAUGAGAAUUAUAUUUGUGGUUAUUGAGAGGUUUUGCUUGCAAAGACGUUAUCUACUUUACUGUGUUUAUAUCAUAUUAAGUAUUACAGUUGUACAAAAUGUAAGGGUUCUGCAUGCACCGAACUUUUAUGUUUUAGCCCCAAAGCUAGUCAAAACGUUAAAUUGUCUAUAAGAUUAUUGAGGCAGAUCUUUGUAAUGUUCUCCAGUGAGAAAGAUUUUAGACAUCUUGAGAGAGUUUUCAAGGUUUCAAUCUCCUCUUCCUCAUGUUUCUUUUUCCGAGUCUUGUGGUAUUAACACGUUUGUCGACCAAUGUAUUCCUAUCAUGUCUAUGUGCCUUUUCGUUUGUAACAGGGAGAAGUAAUCAAGAUUAUUUGGAAUCUUUCAAAACAUAUUUAAAAUGGUCUGCUUGGAUUGCACUUAUCUGGAGUUUUCACUGACAUAUGGAGGAUUGUACACACAAGAAGGUUUCCUCGUGAAGAUUAUAUCAUACAGAAUGGCAUUCAGGCAAACAGUAUCAUUUGUAAAUAAAAUGACUAAAUGCGUCAUCU